GCGGGUGGUAGGGGUAGGGUACCAGACGCCUCUAGCACUCACAUGGACUUCUACAGAGGGAUCUUUGUAGCCUGGGCUCUCAGCCUCCUACCAGGAUUCUGUGACACCUUCAAUAUUGACACCAAAAGGCCCCGAAUCAUACCAGGCUCUAAAGAAGCGUACUUUGGCUACACGGUGCAGCAGCAUGAAAUCGCUGGGAAGAAAUGGCUGGUGGUGGGAGCCCCUUAUGAAACCAAUGGACAGCUGAAGACUGGAGAUGUCUACAAGUGUCCAGUGAAUGGCGAGACUAAUGGAAACUGCACCAAACUCAACCUAGGAAGAGUAACACUCUCCAAUGUGUCAGAGCGCAAAGAUAACAUGCGUCUUGGCCUGAGUCUGACCACAAACCCCAAGGACAAGAGCUUUCUGGCUUGCAGCCCUCUCUGGUCCCAUGAGUGCGGAAGCUCUUACUAUACCACAGGAAUGUGCUCCCGGGUGAACUCCAACUUCAGAUUCUCAAAGACCAUAGCUCCUGCUCUCCAGAGAUGCCAAACGUACAUGGACAUAAUCAUCGUUCUGGAUGGAUCGAACAGCAUAUAUCCCUGGGUUGAAGUGCAACAUUUCCUGAUAAACAUCUUGAAAAAGUUUUACAUUGGGCCUGGUCAGAUACAGGUUGGAGUUGUUCAGUAUGGAGAAGACGUCGUGCAUGAAUUUCAUUUAAAUGACUACCGAUCUGUAAAAGAUGUGGUGGAAGCUGCUAGUCACAUAGAGCAGAGAGGAGGUACAGAAACCAGGACAGCAUACGGGAUAGAAUUUGCUCGCUCAGAAGCCUUUCAGAAAGGUGGACGAAAGGGAGCAAAGAAAGUGAUGAUUGUAAUAACCGAUGGGGAAUCCCAUGACAGCCCGGACCUGGAGAAGGUGAUUGAAAACAGUGAGAAGGACAAUGUCACCAGAUAUGCUGUGGCAGUUCUGGGGUAUUAUAAUAGAAGAGGAAUCAAUCCAGCAGCAUUUUUGAAAGAAAUAAAAUUUAUAGCAAGUGAUCCAGAUGACAAGCACUUCUUUAAUGUCACAGAUGAAGCGGCACUGAAGGAUAUUGUGGAUGCACUGGGAGAGAGGAUAUUUAGUUUGGAAGGUACCAACAAAAACGAAAUCUCCUUUGGACUUGAAAUGUCCCAGACUGGAUUUUCAUCACACGUUGUGGAAGAUGGGAUUUUGCUUGGGGCUGUAGGAGCGUAUGACUGGAAUGGAGCAGUGCUCAAAGAAACCAGCAGUGGAAAAGUCAUUCCUCAUAGGGAAUCGUAUCUCCAGGAAUUCCCGGAGGAGCUGAAGAACCAUGGAGCAUACCUAGGUUACACCGUCACCUCAGUGAUGUCUCCAAAGCAUGGAAGGAUUUAUGUAGCAGGAGCUCCCAGGUUCAACCACACUGGGAAAGCAAUUAUUUUUACAAUGCACAGCAACAGAAACCUAACUAUUCACCAGUCUUUGAAAGGAGAACAGAUUGGCUCCUACUUUGGAAGUGAAAUAAAUUCCAUCGACAUUAAUGGAGACGGGAUGACAGAUAUUUUGUUGGUUGGUGCCCCCAUGUACUUCAGCGAAGGCAGAGAGAGGGGGAAGGUGUACGUCUACAUUCUAAAAGAGGACCGGUUUGUUUUCAACGGAGCUCUGAAAGAUUUGCAGAGCUACCAGAAUUCUAGAUUUGGCUCUUGCAUUGCCUCUGUCCGUGAUCUGAAUCAAGACUCCUACAACGAUGUUGUCAUUGGUGCUCCUUUGGAAGAUGACCACCAAGGAGCAAUAUAUAUCUUCCAUGGCUUCAGAGAAAACCUCCUGAAGAUGUAUAAGCAGAGAAUAGCAGCCGUAGACCUUCUUCCAGGCCUCAUGUAUUUUGGAUGCAGUAUCCAUGGACAACUAGAUCUAAAUGAAGAUGGCCUCAUAGACCUAGCAGUUGGCUCUCUUGGAAGUGCUGUGCUCUUAUGGUCCCGCAGUGUUGUCCAGGUCAAUGCCAGCAUUAGGUUUGAACCAUCCAAAAUCAACAUCUUUAACAAAGACUGCAAGCGAAAUGGGAAGGAUGCCACCUGCAUGUCUGCAUUUGUCUGCUUCACUCCAGUCUUCCUCUCCACUCAUUUUCAGACGGCAAGUGUGGGAUUAAAAUACAAUGCAACCAUUGACGAGCGAAGGUACACGCCACGGGCUCAUUUGGAUGAAAACAGCGACCGGCACACUCAUAGGCUGGUCACAUUGUCUGCAGGACAAGAACACUGCGACAAGCUCAAUUUUCACGUCUUGGACACAGCAGACUAUGUGAAGCCUGUGACAUUUUCAGUCGAAUAUGGGCUGGAGAAUCCCGACUAUGGUCCCAUGAUGGAUGAUGGCUGGCCAACUGCAUUUAAAGUCUCUGUGCCUUUCUGGAAUGGAUGCAAUGAGGAUGAACACUGUGUCCCUGAUCUGGUCCUUGAUGCUAAAAAUGAUAUUCCAACUGCCACGGAGUAUUGCAGAAGAGUACUGAGAAAGUCACCGUCGGAUUGCGCCGCCUACACACUAUCUUUUGAUACCUCCGUUUUUAUCAUAGAGAGCACGAGGAGGAGGGUGGCUGUAGAAGCUACACUGGAGAACAAAGGCGAAAAUGCAUACAGCACUGUCCUAAACAUUUCCUUCUCGAGAAAUCUGCAGUUUGCUAGCUUGAUUCAGAAGGAUGAUACAGAUGUCAGUAUUGAAUGCAUGAAUGAAGAAAAGCGCCCCAACAAGAAGGUGUGCAAUGUUAGCUACCCCUUCUUCCGAGCCAAAGCAAAGGUGGCUUUUCGCCUGGAUUUCGAAUUCAGCAAAUCUAUUUUUCUUCAAAGCAUGGAGAUCUAUCUAACUGCCAACAGUGACAGCGAAGAACAAGAAAGUACCAAAGAGGAUAACGCGGCUCUCCUGAAUUUUCAUCUGAAAUACGAAGCCGACCUCCUUUUCACCAGGAGUUCAAGUAUGGACUAUUAUGAAAUCAAGUCAAACAGCUCCCUGGAGAGGUACGACAGCAUCGGCCCUCCCUUUAAUUGCACAUUUAAGCUGCACAAUCUGGGGUUCUUUCCUGUCGAUGGCGUGACUAUUAAAAUCACAAUCCCAGUAGCCACAAGAGGAGGGAAUCGCCUUCUGCUGCUGACUGAUUUCAUUGUCGAUCAGGAAAACAUGACGUGUAAUAUCUGGGGAAACAACACUGAUUACAGAAGGACACCUGCUGAGGAGGACCUUUCCCGUAACCUACAACUGAACCACAGUAACUCGGACGUCGUGUCCAUUGACUGUAAUGUGAAAUUAGCAUCCAAUGAAGAAAUCAGCUUUCACCUACGUGGCAAUCUGUGGCUGGAGUCACUGAAAGCACUGAAGUUCAGGUCCCUGAAGCUCACGACGAAUGCAGCUCUGCAGCGACAGUUUCGCAGCCCCUUCAUCUUUCGGGAAGAGGACCCCAGUCGGCAGGUAACGUUUGAAAUCUCCAAGCAAGAAGAGUCCAAGAUCCCGAUCUGGAUCAUCCUCGGCAGCACGCUCGGAGGGCUCCUGCUGCUCGCGCUGCUUGUCCUGGCUCUAUGGAAGCUUACGGAGUAUAUGUUUGUCUUGAUGCUGAAGGAUGUGGGUGUGGAACUCCGUUUGCAUCGAGAUGAGAAUACACCCCUUUGUGUGAAAUUAUCUAAAUAAAACCUAUUCGCUGGCUAUAUGCCACGGGAGCACAAGCAUCAAAAGGUACUUCAAACUGGUUUUAAAUAGCUCUGUUCUGCCUAGUCACAGGCAGCUGUGCAAAUCUGAGAGAGAGAGAAAGAGAAAGAACUAAGGGCAAUAACAGAAUAGAGGUGGUUUAUUAUGAUUUUCAUGCUGGGGAUUGCAAGUUUAAUGACAUGCUACAGAUCUAAAAAACAAGCCAGUCAGAUUACUUGUGAGAGAUGUGAGAUUAGGGUGAAAUCUCAGGAGAUUUACAGUACCUAAUUUUCAUGCCUGAGUUGUAUAAAAUCCCACUGAUUGAUUGCACCUCCUGUUCUUCAACUUCUUAAUCGGCAUUAUGGAUGGGAUCUGAGAGACUUUCUAGCUAAAAGACAUAGAAAGUCUAGUUCCCAACUGUUAAGCUGUAGCAACAGUAAACCUGCAUUUAUUGUUUGUUCAUUUAAAUGGCCUCACGCACUGUGGGUAAUGUCUGUUCAAAAUGUAGUGUUCAAAAAGAGUUGGAGGGGAUAGACCUUGUGCAGAGCAUACUUUUGCUGCUGCUGCUGCUACUAAACAGUACUUCAGAGAUACCUCAUAGUAAAGGUUAACAUCUGGAUUAUUCAAACUAGGUGGAUGUGUCAGUAAAAUGCCAAAUGUGAAUUCUCCAAGUGCAUGAUUUGCCUGAGGAAAUAAGAUUUCUCCAGUGAAGCAAAGCAGAGCUGGCUCAGGCCAAUACAAAACCACAGAUCCCCAAGUGUUUUACAUGUUCUGAGUGGAGAGUUUAAUGCAGAGAUUUUAAUUUGCUUUCUUUUUAAUGCACUGAAUACAAUUAAUGGCAAAUUAAAGCACCUUAAUGCAAAACUUCAGUGUCCAGCUGUAUAUACUUAUUCUGAAAAUAUUUACCUGUUUAAACACAAAAAACAUCAAAAAACCAGUUUGAAGUGUUUUCUACAAACUGUGCAAUUUCAAAGAGUAUGCGUGCAACAGGAAUCCAGACAUGUAUUAUAAUUGUAUAUACUUUGUGUAAUGCAGAGAUGAUCAGUGCUGUUUGACAAAAGUCUUUUCUUUUGCAUAAUAUAAUUAUUUAUGCUAAUAUUAACUUUACAACUGAAAAGAAAGAAAGCAGACGUCCACCCGAUGUGUAAUAAAGUCUGUUAAAAACUGUUUUCGUAUUUUUAAGGAUUAAAAAAACAGUAUUUUUAAAAAUUCAUAGUUUCAACUACCAUUCUGUGCUAAACCAUUUUCACCAAUUAUCAUCUAGUAUUGGAUUGAAUUGUUCACAUGCCUUUAGAAUAGAGUGGAAAGAGGAACUAUAAUUAUACUAUUUCUGCCUUUAUUUAUUUUGACAAUAAAUAUAUUUUCCAGAAUGACUAUAUUGAAGCCUUCUUUUAAAGGGACACUGUCAGGUUAAAAAAAAUAAAUUCGUAUGCUUGCAGCACGAGUAUCCCAUUGUGGGCCCAUCCAUACACACGUUGCAGGAUCAGAUCCUUUGGGCCUUAUCGUUGUGUUAAAACUUUCGAUUAUUUAAACUGAAAAACAAAUCUAAUUGACUUUUUUCUGUUUCUGCUUUUCUUGAGUUUUGCAUUUCUCAGCUUGAGCAAGGGAAAGUCUAGUCAGUUUCAUUAUUUCUAGUCAAUUUUACUUGCAUGUUCUCCUGCAGGAGCCCAAGCCUGUAAUGGGGCGGCAACUGCUUCAGGGAGUUGUUUAUUUACAUUUGUUUCCAUUGGCGAUUUUAAACAAAGAAUGGAACUAGCUAUGUUAGUUUUAGGCUUUGUGAAUUAGCAUGGGGGUGCCUGGUUUACAAAACCGAAUGGAGAUUUUUGACCUGACGUUGUCCCUUUAUUUCAAUAUUAUAUUGGGAGUAGCAAAUGUUUCCCAUCACAAGAGUAAAUUUUCUUAUUGAGCUGGAUUAGCUAAAAUCUUGGCCAUUGUACAGAGUUUUGUUUUUCCCCUUUCAUGAGUAAUCAAUUUUCAGAAAUCUUGCAAAAUAAUCUUGUUGAAAGUAUUUAAAUGGAAGGCUGCAUAAAGAACAUCGAAGUCAUCAAUUCAUCCUCACACAAGCUCUCUCUUUGACCAACAUCAAAACCAACAACAAAAACCCCAAACCCAACAACAAAAAACAAACAACCACCACACAUUGUUCAGUAGCUUGUUCAUUUCAGAUGUUGGUGAUGAGAAAAUUGAUUUUCUUUUUCAAAUCCAAAACUUUAGCUUAUCAUUAGCAUUUCCCCAUAUUUUAAAGAACUUCAAUAUACAUGAAAUAGAAAAACCUCAAGGUCAAAAUUCACUGGGGCCUGAUUUUGCACCGUUGAAGUCAACUGGCACUUUGCCACUUUCUGCGGUGGGCACAGAAUAAGACCAACAGUGAAUAAGGGACAGUGUAAAUAGAAUACCCAAUGUUGCUGUAGGGUAGGGGUCUUUCCACUGACAACCAAACGGAUGAAACGUAGCAACUUCGUAUUAAUUCUGUUCCUUAAAACCAAAGAAAAUGAUUGUCCGAUCAGUUCUUGUUUGUACUAUACUAAUAAUGGAAAAAUAAAAACUUUUAUCAUGUAUUCCACCAGUCUCAUAAAGAACAAAAUCAGCAUGACCAUCUUCAUCGGGACUGCGAGGCGUCUGGCCGGUGCCUUGUUCUGAGAUGCAUCUGAAGUUCACAUUGCUCCUGUAUAUAGGAAAUGUUCCGCUGGCAAGUGCUAGUUUACAUGGUUAGCAAGUUUCAAUUUGAUGGACGUGCUUUGCCAAAACUUGCCACUGCUGUAUAAUAUGCAAACAAUGUGCUUGUACACAGGGUAUGUAAAUAUGCUUCGAAAUGUGCAGCUCUACUUUGUAACACUGAACU